GUCCGAGGGCAGUUCAGUCUUUCUCCUGGUCCCAGGGCUGAAGUAAUAUGCUCCUGCUCUCAGGGCAGAGUAACCUGAAUCAUAAUAUGUCUGAGGGCAGUUCAGUCUUUCUCCUGGUCCCAGGGCUGAAGUAAUAUGCUCCUGCUCUCAGGGCAGAGUAACCUAAAACAUAAUAUGUCCGAGGGCAGUUCACGCUCUCGCCUGGUCCCAGGGCUGAAGUAAUAUGCUCCUGCUCUCAGGGCAGAGUAACCUAAAACAUAAUAUGUCUGAGGGCAGUUCACGCUCUCUCCUGGUCCCAGGGCUGAAGUAAUAUGCUCCUGCUCUCAGGGCAGAGUAACCUAAAACAUAAUAUGUCUGAGGGCAGUUCAGUCUUUCUGUUGGUCCCAGGGCUGAAGUAAUAUGCUCCUGCUCUCAGGGCAGAGUAACCUAAAACAUAAUAUGCCCGAGGGCAGUUCACGCUCUCUCCUGGUCCCAGGGCUGAAGUAAUAAUAAUCCUUGUCUAUAGGGCAGAGUAACCUACUUGUAAUUUCUGAGGAUUUUAACUCUUCUGACAUAUAAUGGGAUAUUUGCAUAGAUUGACAGUCCUUAUAUAUUUGACCUAGGGUGUUUGUUUAACCUUUAUUUCUUCUCAUAGUAUCUCCAAUUUUGUUGGAAUGAUGAGUGAAAUAGAGAAAUGGGUGAAAAAUGAGGCCCUUCCAGGGUACUUCCACCUAGGGGAUGUGGGGCAUUUUCCCUUGAGCCUUGCAAGUUUCCGUUCCCUUUAUAAUCAACACUGCAUCUCUGAUGAGAUCAUGGAUGCCAUGUUUUAUCUGAAAGGAAAGCAUGAUCAAACAUGUGUCUUGACAUCACAUGUAAUGACCAAUAUAUUGGAGGGCACAAAAAGAGCCAGGAGCACCUACUUUGUGAAGAAUAACAUUCUACACAGCAGUAGGUAUAUCAUGGGCCCCUAUUUGGAGAAUGGUAACCACUGGACCUUUGUUCAUUUUGACCUAACCUCCAAGGUCAUUACAUAUGCCAAUUCUUUGGGUGAGUCUACGGAUAAGAUGUCCGCAAUCAAAGACAAUUGGGGAAAAUUUGCAGAGGCUAGGCAGACAACUGGACCUUGGACUAUUAAGUCCUUUAAACAUGCAAAGCAAAUGGACAGCGUGUCCUGUGGUGUUUUCACCAUCAUGUUUGCAGAAUGCCACCUUAGUGUCUCCCCCUUCAGGGACUGCUGUCUUUUCACAAAAAGACAGCAAUUGACACAAGAGCUUUGGGCAGCACUAGAUCGCACCAAACGAUGUGGUUCUUGUGUUAAGCUGCUGCAUGGCAAAGGGGUUAAAUGUGGUACCUGUAGUGGGCAUUGCCACACUAUGUGCCUGCAAAAGAAGGGCCUGUGUUUUCUUUGUGCUUAUGACUCUGACGUUGUCCAGGUGGACAACACGGAAGAGGUUGUUGUCGUGGAGAAGGCUACCUACACUCAGAUGGAUGACUCUGACGUUGUCCAGGUGGACAACACGGAAGAGGUUGUUGUCGUGGAGAAGGCUACCUACACUCAGAUGGAUGACUCUGACGUUGUCCAGGUGGACAACACGGAAGAGGUUGUUGUCGUGGAGAAGGCUACCUACACUCAGAUGGAUGACUCUGACGUUGUCCAGGUGGACAACACGGAAGAGGUUGUUGUCAUGGAGAAUGCUACCUACACUCAGAUGGAAGCAGAGACCACAGAGGAAGGAGUUGCAGAUGGUGGCCUGGCACAAGAAUCAGCAGCCGCAGAGGGGGAACAAGUAUUAUUUGAAGUGGAGAGUGUUCUCCGAAUAUCUGAUGGGACCAAGGCCAAAAGAUAUACAGUGACUAGGGAGGAACUGUUUAGAAGGUGUGGGUCACCAGAGUGCUAUUCAUCCAAUGCUCUGGUGGCCUACUUAAGGAAAGGCAAGAGCCAAAAAGAGGUGCUCGUGGCCAAGUUGCACAAGUUGGAGGUCAAGCCAGGACCACGAAUCAAGUUGUCAACAAGUGUCAGCAAGUUGUGUGAAGAGGAAUGUGUGACCCUUUCAGAGGAUCUGAACUACCUGGCAGCAAAGUUCCUCCCCAUCACCAAAAUCAGCCAGACCUGUCUGGAGGAGGGUGAUGGAUUACAUGAGGCCAUUGCAAAAACUGAAAACUGCAGGAAGACACUGGGACACCUCCUGACCACCAUGGAGGCCAAUUGGCAAGAUUAUGGCCUGGCCACUCAUGGCCUUGGUCCCCAAAUGUUGAAGGGCACCUUUGCCCUGAUCGACACCUGUCUGGCCAAAAAAAUUGAAAUUUUGAAGACCCAGAAAUAAAAGACAAACAAGCCAGUCUCCAACCGGCCCAAUAACUGUACAUCAAGUGUUCAACAUGUUCAAUAAAAUCAGUUUUUUGAGUGGAGUCUG